CAGCCUAAAGUUACUAGGAAGGUGAAGAAGGUGGCCCCUGCCCCUUAUACCACUUCCAAACCUGCCCCUAAAAAGGUUGUCAACCCUCUCAUUGAAAAGAGACCCAGGAAUUUUGGCAUUGGUAAGUUGGGAUGUUAAAUAUUUGAUAGUGUGAAAUGCCUGGUCAUACAUACCCAAAUGCUGGCUGGUUAACUAAUUGAGUAGGUUGCUGGGCCGCUGAGCUGAGGCCGCAGGCUAAAAUGCUGCCUGGUCGACUAAGGUUGUUGAAAAAAAUUGUUCAGGUCAUUUUGGUUUCAAGACUUGUCUGGGUGCAUGUGAUUGUAUCAUUUUUUAAUAGAGAGAUUAGGAAUCAUGUUUACCGCAAACAGCAAACAUCAAAUCGUACCACAUGACCAAGUUUUCCCUCAUUCUACCAGCAGAGCCUUUCUUUUUGCCAGCUCAGUUUUGGGACACUUGAAAAUGAUUCGGGAAUUGAGUAACAUCUUUGUUGAGCAUGUGCCACAUGUUGCUAGGAAACAGUUGCAAACCCAGACCUAAUAGCCAUGAGCUUUGUUAGUGUAGGGGUAAUGUUUGGAUGCAUGUUUGUGUGUGUGUGUGUGUGUGAGAGAGAGAGAGAGAGAGAGUGAGUUUGAGUAAUAGUGAGAGUGUGUGGUGUAUGUAUGUAUGUGUGUAUGUUCGCUCUUGGUGCAGGCUGUCUUCAGGGCAGAUUGUGCCAUAAGAGAGCUGUAUUAUGCAAUAAAUUAUGCAAAUUGUGCAAUUUCGUCAGGGUCAUCUAGGCUUUUAAAACUGGGUUUCAAAGUUUUGGUUAACAGAUAAGUUGAUCUUAAAAGAAUGAAAUAACGUUGGCAAUCAAAGGUUAUGGAUGUAAGGUUUGGGUUAGUGGUAAAUCACCUAAAGAUAACUUUUAAGCUCUGAAAAAUCUUUACUGAAGUUGACGGUAUUUUUUAUGAAUUAUGUGAUUUUCGUCAAGUUGUGUGAAAUCGCUCCAUCCCAUAAAAACUAAAGCCCUGUUUGUGCUGGUUAUGUUUGAAAUUUUUUUUUAAAGUCUUGUGAACGGAGCAUGUGAAAAAGAUUCAGUUUUUUAUUCCUUGAGACAAAAUAACUCCUAAACAUUAUUUAUUUCCUCCUCGCAUUUAGGUGGUGAUAUUCAGCCAAAACGUGACUUGAGCAGAUUUGUCAAAUGGCCAAAGUACAUCAGAUUGCAAAGGCAGAAGACCAUUCUUUACCAACGUUUGAAAGUUCCACCUUCAAUUAACCAGUUUACACAGACACUGGACAAGCAGACUGGUAUGUUAGCGAGUUGCCAAAUGGAACUCUUUUUUUCAGAAAUCCUCAUUGUCAUUUGCUGAUAAUUCACUUAAGGAUAUUUGUCACAUUAAUUUGUUUUCUACAAAAAGUGAGUUACAAAGCGGCACACUGUAGUAGUCAUGGGCAUACAGUCAAUUCUCUCUUAAUGGACACCUCUCCAAGAUGGACACCUAGUGGUGGUCCCUGUUGUUUUGCAGUCAUUUUACUGUAACUAUACUCCCUAUAAGAUGGACACCUCUCUAAGACGUACAACAGACACUUUUGAAACUGUCAACGGACACUUUUGAAGUGCUUUAUGUAAUAAAAAAUACCUCAAAACGGAAAUGAAGGUGCUCUAAAUGGCACUAAUUUGCAGUUAAAGGGAAGUAAAUUACAUAACCAAAUACAGUACACAUCUCCUUGUUCAUGUAUGUGAACCAGACAUUUGGCAGCUCGUAUCUUGUGGACUUAUAAAUGCAAAUUAAAAAUGAAUCCAUCCGUACGUCAUUUUUGACUGUAUAUGUUAACUUGAAAUCUCAAGUUGUCAACCACCAUUUGUGGUAGGCUCAACUUUAACUCCUUUGCCUUUGCCUUUGUAAAUGACUAUCUGCUGGAGUGGGUUGUUUCACUUACAUUCUAUUUUGAACCUAAAAAUGAUAUUUUCUAGUAUUAUUGAAAUGUUUGACAGCAUUAGUUUCGACAUUUCUACUGCAAAACUGUGCUCUAAGGAAAAUUUAAGGGAGUCCAGUGCUCUUAACCUGUGAAAUCUAGGGUGUCCAGAUUAUGAUUUCUAUGAAAAGUCUAAGAUUUUCUAGUUGCCCGGGAGCAAAAGUUUAGCACCACAGAGCACCAGGCACUGCAAGGGCACAGCCUUGUACUGAAGGUUUUAGUAAACCUUUCACCACACAAUGACUUUUCACCCAUGAUGUUUGUUAUUGUCUUUUAGCCACUCAGCUUUUUAAACUUAUGCACAAAUACCGUCCAGAGACAAAGGCUGAGAAAAAAGCACGUCUCACUGCUAAAGCUGAAAAGAAAGCUGAGGGAAAGGAAGAACCCGCUGGCAAGAAGCCAGUUGUGAUUAAGUAUGGUCUUAACCAUGUCACUGCUCUUGUGGAAAACAAGAAAGCACAACUGGUCGUCAUUGCUCAUGAUGUUGACCCAAUUGAGGUACGGUCAAAAAAGUGUAUUCACUAAAGUUGGUUAGUAGUUAAAACAUCUUGUGUUGUAUAAAGCAGUGAACGAGGUGACCCUCAAUUUUUUGCCCUGGGUUAACAGUAAAUAUAUUGAUUCUAUUUUGCAGCUUGUUGUAUGGCUUCCAGCUCUGUGCAGAAAGAUGGGUGUUCCAUACUGCAUUGUGAAGGGAAAAGCAAGGUUAGUGAUGAUGCUGGUUGUGGUCUGUUCUAGUAUACUUUUGGAUUUAAGUAUCUGUUACAGUGUUAGUUUUCUGUUCAGACAUCAACUGGGGCCUAGGCUUCUUGUUGUUUUCUGUUAGUGUGAUGUCUGGGAGAGAAUGCAGCACACCAUUUCAGGAGGGAAAUACCGUAUUUAUUCGACUAUAAGCCGAGCGAUUUUUACACAAAUUAAAACUGAAGUGAAUAAAAAUUUGGGCUCUAGAGGGGGUCUCGGCUUAUAGCCGAAAGUUUUUGAAAAAAAAAUUUUUCCGGCGCAUGGGAACUCUACUAAAUCGAGAUGUAUUUACGUAUAAGCCGAGCUAAGGUAAAGAAACACAAUAUGCAAUCGUUGGUUAUUAACUUCUAAGAAUGUGGUGGCUCCUAAAGGAGCCGUUUGUUAAAUUUAAAAUGUGUUUUCACAGAAAAGAUGAAGAUUCUUGAUAGGGAAUAACCGUGACGCUGACUGGAUGUGAUUACAAAUCGAUGGAACUUGACUGUUUGCUGCUCCAAAUCUUCUGGGAGACGCUGAGCGAGUGUUGUUUUGGUGCGAAGGCUGACGGAAUGGCGGCGCUUCCAUUUCUGGUACCAGCCGAGGGACGCUUUAAACUCAGGAUCCUGGCUGAAUUCCUUUGCCUUUAGACGUACAAUCAAUCCGCUAACAGCUAUUCCUAUGCAACACGAAUGUUACCAAACGAUCGAAGGGUUGAAAAUUUGACACGUCUUGAAUUUGUUUUGACAUUUGUGAAAACUGGCCAAUGAGAAUCUUUCAUACACAAUGUUGUCACAUGAUACUACGAUAGUUUUGAGAGUCACCCUGAGUCACACAUUCGGCUCAUAUUCACUCUGCAAUCAGGUGACUGAUUUAUUUCGUGGUCUUGUUUCUGUUGUAGUAAAAUACAAAAUCAAUGCCCGACAAAAACUUACCUUGGCUUCUCUGCUGUGUAAACCAUUCCAGUAUUCUUUGAUCGAGCUCCGGAUACUUCGGCGUGAAGCAUCCCAUCGUCUUCUGUUUCGAUGACAAUAUAAUCUCGCCGUUAAAAAGGUUCGCUUGAUCUUUCCUCCAGCGACGGACCAUGGACGCACUGAUGCCAUAUUCUGUGGCGAUUUCAGAGUUAUUUUCAACAGCUUCUGCUUCAGCGACUAUUUUAAGUUUAAGAGCGACGUUGUAUGACGUGCGACGAGCCUUGGCCUGAUGACAACUUGACUUGAAAUAAACGAUUGCGAACACGAGAUUGUUUGAUAGACGCUACUGAUGUCUAGGUACUGGUGAUGCCGCUUAACAACGCAGUUACUUUUAAAUUCAUUUUUUGGAUCACAUUAAUUCAUCUGAGUUAUGAUUCAUUGCUAGUUACGGGUAAUAUUUAUUAAUUCGCGUGUGUUUUCUAAGAGGGAAGCUUUUUGCAUAAUAAAUCACCAUUGCAUCUCUUGUACACGCGCGUGUGUGUUAUCGUCUAAGCCUCAUUUAUGACAAUCAAUGUGAUUUUUUUCCGAAAAUGUUACGUUUUCCCGUAAUUAACAAUUCAGUCUUGUAAUAAUGAAUGGGUCUCGGCUUAUAGCCGGGUGUUUUCGAUUUAUUUUUGGUUCUCGUUAUGCCGAGUCUACACGUUCAAAGUUUGGGGUCUCGGCUUAUAGCCGAGAUCGGCUUAUAGUCGAAUAAAUACGGUACACAUUUAAUUUACCAUACAACUUUUGUAUCUUACUUAAGUUUUCAUAGCAAGCAGAGUGCUUGGUUACUUGUAAUGGUGCAUUUUGUAAUCCUAUUAUUGGCACUGCAAAACACUUGUAACACUUAAGCACUUAGGAAAGAAAAAAGUUCAUGUGCUUGGGAAAUGCCAGGAUUGUAUCUGUUGUUUCUGGGUUGGAAUCAUAAAUUCUAAAGCACUUUCCAGUUGGUGGUGACUUCCCAGAAGAAUCUGGAUCAAGUUUUGUUAAACUCGACCUGGAUUACAAGUUACAAUCAGCAUCUGGCAUUUAUCCCACUCAGUCUAUUGAUUUUAGCGUCAGAUGUUUGCAGUCAUGUCCAGCAGUGUGUUUUAUACAAAUUGCUCCAUUUAAGUUGCUUAAACUAGGCUAGGAAGGAUGUGCUUUUAUACUUGGCGAGUUGUUGAGGGUCAGUUCUCAUCUAACUUAUUAUUUGAAUCCCUAGAUUGGGUAAGGUGGUUCACAAGAAGACGGCCACAGCACUUUGUUUCACAGCUGUGCGCCCAGAGGACAAGAAUAACUUUGCCAACCUCUGUGAAGCUGUUAAAACAAACUACAAUGAGAGAUUUGAUGAGAUCCGAAAACAUUGGGGAGGAGGAAUCAUGGGACAGAAAUCACAGGCAGCCCAGCUUAAGCUUGAAAAGGCCAAGAUCAAGGAGAUGAAAGUCUAA